CUGGCUGUGCCGUGAGUUUGUAAGUUGCGAAAACUGUUUGAUUUUGCUGAUAUUGCUUUUUCUCUGGAGUAAAUCAAUAGACGUGUCACUCAAAUCCAUCAACAUAUUCGCCUCUGAAUCUUUUCAGUUCAGCUCUUGCAUAUUCGUGUCCUCAAUAUCAAUUUGAUCCUCAAAUUUCCAAGUAGGUAUCCAAGUGGUUUAAUUUUCUGCAACAAUGCUGCCAAAUUACGGACCAGUUACACAAACGAUUUUGGGCACAGCUUUUACGUGGGGUCUAACUGCAUUAGGUGCAGGAGUAAUUAUUUUCAUCAAAGGCUCUCACAGAAAGUUUUUGGAUGCAAGUCUUGGCUUUGCCUCUGGAGUAAUGAUUGCCGCGUCCUUUUGGUCUUUGUUAGCUCCAGCCAUAGAGAUGGCAGAAAAUUCUGGCUCCUAUGGAAAGAAUGGAGCUUUUGCAUUUGUUCCGGUAGCCAUUGGAUUUUUCAUCGGCAGUCUAUUUGUAUUCCUCACGGACCACUGUAUAUCUAUGUUUGGCUUAUGCAGUGUUGGAAAUGUAAUCUCAAUGCAUAAAGAUCGCCAACGCAAAAAUACUCAGAAUUUUGAUUACAAUAGUGCUUACUCAAAGAAGUGUGAUUAUGAUGAUACUACUACCAUUGAAGGAUUCUCUGCAUAUGCCUCUGAUGUGUACCGUCGAAAGACGGACAGGGAAGUUAAACCUGAGUAUACCUCCGAAAAAUCUAAGAUUGAAGACAGUCACUGGAAAAGAAUUCUUCUACUUGUUAUUGCUAUCACAGUGCAUAAUAUACCAGAGGGUCUUGCAGUAGGUGUUGCAUUUGGCGCUGUAGGAUCUACACCAUCUGCCUCUUUUGAAAAUGCAAGGAAUCUAGCCAUUGGUAUCGGCAUUCAAAACUUUCCCGAGGGACUAGCAGUGAGUCUUCCCUUGCAUGCCGCCGGCGUGUCAACAUGGAAAAGUUUUUGGUGGGGACAGUUAAGUGGAAUGGUCGAACCCUUCUUCGGCCUGUUAGGUGUAAUUGCCGUUGCUCUUGUGGAGCCCUUAUUACCGUAUGCCUUAUCCUUCGCCGCAGGUGCUAUGAUAUAUGUUGUCGUCGAUGAUAUCAUACCGGAGGCCAAUUCCAGUGGCAAUGGAAAAGUAGCCACAUGGGGUUGCGUCAUCGGUUUCAUCAUCAUGAUGGUUCUCGAUGUUGGCCUUGGAUAAAAUUACUAAUGAAAGUCUUUGGUAUUCCGAUCUCGGGUCGUAUACUGCUGUCAAAAGAGCGGCAAGUCCACAUGUACUUCAACUACUACCUAGUAUUUUAAGUUCUCCUAUCCCAUCGUCUACACUUCCACGCAAUCUUGUACAGUUUUCUAGUCCUUGGAAUCCUUUGUACUUUUAAGUUUCCUUCCAAAGAUUGUUUUAAAUUUAUCGUAUCCUGUCUUAAUUUUAAGAGAAUGUGAUGUUACGAGUACGUAUCUCAAUAUUUUAAGCGUGCUCGAGUUUUUUUUACAGUCUUUUUGUACCUGUUUUUAAGUAUUGUAACUUACUUUGAGACUCUUGUGAUACCUGGUCAAAUUUUUGUUCGCCAAGCUUUCAUUCGAGUUCAUCGCAGUACUCUGAGCAGUCAAAAGAAAUAAGAACGCUUGCAGCCCAGCUGAGUCCUUCUUUCUAAUUCUAGCUUUUCUCCAUCAAGCUGCUUAUCGUCAAUUUGGCCAGAAGGCUCCGAUGACUUCGAACUAAAAAUAAAAGUAGUGUUAGUCAAUUUUGCAAAAUGAUUCUGAGAGGAAACUCCAAAGCUCGCACAUUAUAAUAUUUGUCUGUAAAAAGGGUUUGUAUCAUAAGGUGUACUAGUGCAUAGCGCAAAUUACAGAUUUGUGAUCACUCUGCAUAACAACAGCAAAGAAUGAUAGUGAAAUAAGGUAAACUCGAAACAACCCAGAGACAAAAACAUAGAAAAACUUGUUCUGCAGGUCGAUUGUUGAAUCGUUCACUUAUCGAAGAUCUUGAUCGAUAAACCCCUAUUUUCGCAAUGUUAUUUAUCGAUUGAAUUCAUUUGUCAACUAUCAUUCGAUUCAACAGUGCAGACGCUGGUGUAACUGGUGUACGUGUUCUUUUUUAUGCGUUAUAGCGUUCUAGUUGUAGGCAGUAUCAAUUUGUUUAAAUAUGUUUGGCAAAGGUGCCAAACAUGUGCUAAAUGUUUUAGUCAGACUCUGUGAUUAAGUUUUUAGGCUAUGCGCCAUUAUCAGGACUUAUAUUAACAGAAAAGUAACAUUUUUUUAGAAGACGAAGGAACCGUAGUUGUGUUCACUAAUUAUCAUGAUUCUAUUGAAAAGAGAUAAUUCUGAUCAGUUGUAUAAUCAGUGAACACAAUUAUAGUUCCUUCAUUCUCAAAUGAAAUUUUAAUCAAGCACAUAUCAUGUUAUUUUCUGUUUCUGUAAGUCCAGAUGAUGACUUGUAGCCCGAAAA